GUUCAUGAAGCCUGAAAGUUGGGAUUCGUAUUUUUGUUGUCGCUGCAUUAAUCCUUUCUCAUGUGCAGGUGAAGGCUGUCAGUGUGAAUCAGGAAGUGAAGGGAAAGCAAAGAUUCCGACCGUAUUUCAUGUGAAUCUGUAUCAGAAUCAGUUCUUGCGAUGGAAAGAGAAGUCUGGACCAUAAAGACCCUCAAAUCUCUGGGGUAUAAGAGCGAUCAGUGUAUGACUGAGUGUAAAUGUGAUGAACUGCCAUGUCCUCUCAUUUCCUGGCUGGUGUCAGAGCUCAGGAACGUCUGUCCUGAAAUUACAGGAGACGGUGGGACCGUUCUGGCUGGGGAGCUGAAGGAGAUCCUAAAUGUUACGUUCUACCCUUAUGACGCUCUCAACUCAGAAACUCUGACCCCUAUUCAUCUCAAAAGAAUAACAGAGUUCCUAGUGUCCGAGCUACAGGCAGCACAUUUGGUCCGUUAUAAAGAGAGCUGUCCAGAAAACAUUGAGCCGCUGAGUGAAACCUGCAAAGAACAGAGACAAACAGAUUCCAAUGCACACACUGAGGAGAAACCUGAACCCGAAGAAGAUAAGGAUGAUAAAGAUGGAAAGGAGAUGAUGAAAGAACUAGAAGAGUUGUUCAGGACCCUUGAUAUGGGUCCCACUUCUCAGCUCAGUGAUGCCUAUUCGCAGGUGGAGUCACGACUGGCAUCUCUCGAGGCUGAAGUCGGAGAGCCGUUGCUAAAGACCAAUCUGAGUUCUUCACAAUGGAGUAAACUGCAGCAGAUUAACCGAGCUCUCCGCAAAGACUACGACAACCGACGUCAGAUGAUGAUCAAGCGCUUCUAUGUCACCCUCCAGUCCUUUACAUGGGGAGAGCGAGGCAAGGAUCGCAGUGCUCUGCUCUCCAAGAUUCCUCCCUUCUCAGUACAUCUGGAGUCUUGUGUUUCCAUUGCCCUCUUGCUGGCAGCUAGAGAGGAUCAGUCUUGCAUCCUCCCAGUGACAGCGGGACCGUCCACGGCCAUCCACAAGGUGCUGAUGGGCAGCGUACCAGAUAGAGGAGGUCGACCCGGAGAGAUCGAGCCCCCUAUGCCGAUUUUCACCCGCCGCAGUGAGGGAGGCGGCGGUCAGAGGCGCGAAAAGAACAGAUUUAAGAAGCGGGAGUACUCAGGAAAAAAGAAGAAAAAUAAGAAGAAGGAUGAAAGUUAAAUUGUAGCUUUAAUUUUGGCUGUACAAGAUAUUAUUUCUUAUUUAUUUGCAUUCAUAUUUUGCUGAUAAUGUUGCUUUCAUAAUUAAGAAAUGUGCAGAGUAUAAAUAAAGUAAAUGAAUAUAUUUAGAUUCGGUUUAGCACUUUUAAAACGUAUAUUAAAUUGUACGUCUUGAAUCAUAUUUGAAUCAUUUUUGCACUACAAAAUAUAUGAUAAAUUUUGAAUCUGCUUUUUUUCCACUACCUUCUGUAUACAAUGCUUUGAAUAUUACUUUGUUGUAUUGCUGUAUAACAGAUUUGUGUUAAUUGAUGACUGACUGUGCACUGAUAGUGGAUUCAUUUAUUAAGAUUUGGUUUAAUAUUACUGAUAUACAGUUGACUUUAGUUUACAUUCGCAUUGCAAUCAUUUCUGUACCUGUUACUUUUUCUGGCUAAAUGA